GAUACAACUGGAGGGACGUCCACAACGACCUUGAAGCAGGUCUCUACGCCGGAAACUAUGGCUGGGACCAUGCGGCCUACUGGGGCAUUGCGGAGGCGAAGGCAGGGGUGGACCUCAAGGAGUGGUACAAGACGCGCACCGAGGCCGAGUUCUACUUGCCAGAAUUCAAGGAGCUCAUCGAUGAUCCCCAGACGCACAGGGACUGGGAUCGCAUCAGCACCUUUGACCCCUUGGGCAUGACGGCGCAUCCUCCCACCAUCGCGGCAUGCAAAGCCAAGCUGGACAUUCCAGAACUCAAGGGACUGGUUCCAGAUGGGCAGAUCGUGUUGCCGUCCAAUGAGAUUGUCACCUCCAAAUGUGCGAUCAGCUACGCCUGGAACAUCCCUCUCAUGGCGGGACGCGUCGGUCUGAGCGAGGAGGAAUUGCGACAGGCUUUGUACAAAUAUUCCUACGACAGCCGCUUGUUGGAUCCCAAAGUGAAGACCUAUCUGCCUGCUGUGGGGGGCUUAACCAUCUACACCUUUGGUGACGCUCGAAAGCUGAAGGAUGAGAAGACCGAGGUGACGGUGCGCGUCCACGACGAGUGCAUCGGUUCGGACGUCUUCGGCAGCGACAUUUGCAGCUGCCGUCCCUAUCUGCUGUUUGCCAUCGAGGAAGCUGUGAAGUGCGCGCAGAGAGGUGGUGUGGGCAUUGUGAUCUACUUCCGCAAGGAGGGACGAAGUCUGGGAGAAGUGAUCAAGUUCCGGGUUUACAACGCACGUGUGAACCAGGACGGUGGUGAUCGCCCAGACAUGUACUUCCACCACACCGAAGCCAUUGCUGGAAUCCGCGACGCGCGCUUUCAGACCAUGAUGCCCGAUGCCUUGAAUUGGAUGGGCGUUCGGCGGAUCGAUCUCUUGUGCUCCAUGAGCAACGAGAAAUACGAAGCCAUCACCGGUGCUGGGAUCAAAGUCAUGAAGCGUGUGGAUCUUCCGGAUGACUUCAUCAAGGACAGCAUGCGGGUGGAACUGGAUGCCAAGAUUGCCAGCGGCUACCACAGUGACAAAGUGGAGGACUUAGCCAUGGACCGGGUCCAAGCAAGAAUUGUGUUUUCUGAUCGAUUGGAUGCCCGUGUGGACAUU